AGAAAAAGAAAAAAUAGUAUACAAUUGCUGCUCAUAGACAAAAAGCGCCCUGUCACGUUAACAAAACUCGGCCAAGCACAGGAAAAAGAGAGGCGAAAGAAGAUCGGCAGGGCCGAGAGACAGAAAACAGAAAAACAAAAAAAGAGAUGGGAGCGAAAGGAAGAAGAAGGAGAGAGAAGAACUACUUAGCGGCGCAUGGAGGUCACAGCCGUCUCCCUCCUCCGCCUGACCCCUCUCAAGUUGAUGCUCUUCCUUUUAAACUUCGCAAGAUUAUCUCCAUCACUUCUCAUAAUGAGUCUGCUAAACCUUCCAAGUCUAGCGAGGAGAAGAGGCCAAGCUCUGAUGCUGAUAAAAAAAUCCCUUCAGCGGAUGCAAUUGUCUCUGUAGACGAAGGUGAUGACGGAGAUACUAUGGCAUCCCUGCAUACAAAUAGAGAUGAAAAGAGAACGAAAAAAAGAAAGAGAAAGCAAGUGAACGACCUUCGUUUUGAAACAUCCAUGGAGAUGACAAAAACUAGUGAGAAAAAACGCGAGCGCAGAAAGAAGUAUUUGGAAGCAAAGAAGAAGAAACGCAAAACAUCCAGAACGGAGAACUUGGACUUCCCUGGACGUGAGCUGAUAAAAUUUGGAGAUGUUGUCCAAGCUCCGCCAAAACUGGUUGCCGUUCCUAAGGUGUUUAAAAAUGUCCCAGAUGCUUCCCAAGAAAGAGUUAGAUUAAAGGCUAUUGAGGCCUACAGGAAGCGCAAAGGCUGGACCUCUAGACCGGGGCUUCAACUUCCUAAUGUGACUGCAACACCGUCGUUGUAAUGGGUCAGAGCUUAUUCUUUAUGCAUUUCCAGGAAGCACAUGUCUUAAUUUGCAGGGUUUUGUAUUUGGGUGAUGAUUGAUAAUUGGCAGCUAUAUGCGCUUCAAUUUUGUUGUUGACUGUUGAGGGAAUGAGGCAAAUCCAUGAUCGAUUUUGUUUAAAAUGGCAAACCUUCUGAUUCAUUUCCAUCAGUUAUAUUAUUUCCUUCAAACGUUUAUGUCA